CGGGCUGUCUAGUACCUUGGUUUGCCGCGCCGCAGCAUGACCCAGUCGGUGGUCGUACAGGUCGGCCAGUGCGGAAACCAGAUCGGCUGCUGCUUCUGGGAUCUGGCGCUGAGGGAGCAUGCCGCGGUCAACCAGAAAGGAAUUUAUGAUGAGGCAAUAAGCAGCUUCUUUAGAAAUGUGGAUACCAGAGUGGUUGGUGAUGGUGGCAGUAUUUCCAAGGGGAAAAUUUGUUCUUUGAAAGCACGAGCUGUCUUGAUUGACAUGGAGGAAGGGGUAGUAAAUGAAAUUCUGCAGGGACCAUUGAGAGAUGUGUUUGAUAGCAAGCAGCUCAUCACUGAUAUUUCUGGCUCAGGCAAUAAUUGGGCUGUGGGGCACAAAGUUUUUGGCAGUCUUUAUCAAGAACAGAUUUUGGAGAAACUCAGAAAAUCGGCAGAGCACUGUGAUUGUUUGCAGUGUUUUUUUAUAAUACAUUCCAUGGGAGGAGGAACAGGAUCUGGACUUGGCACAUUUCUUUUAAAGUUGCUUGAGGAUGAAUUCCCAGAAGUAUACAGAUUCGUGACAUCAGUUUAUCCUUCUGGUGAGGAUGAUGUCAUAACCUCACCUUACAAUAGCAUCUUGGCAAUGAAGGAACUUAAUGAGCAUGCAGACUGUGUGUUGCCCAUUGACAACCAAUCUUUAUUUGACAUCAUUAGCAAAAUUGACCUCAUGGUGAAUUCUGGAAAGUUGGGCACAACUAUAAAGCCAAAGAGUCUGGUUACUUCAAGUGCUGGGGCUGUUAAAAAGCAGCACCAGAAGCCCUUUGAUGCAAUGAACAACAUUGUGGCCAAUUUGCUGCUGAACCUAACAAGCUCUGCAAGGUUUGAAGGGUCCCUUAAUAUGGACCUUAAUGAAAUCAGCAUGAAUUUAGUUCCUUUUCCUCAACUGCAUUAUCUUGUGUCAAGCCUAACACCUCUGUAUACACUGGCAGAUGUUAACAUUCCUACCCGAAGGUUGGAUCAGAUGUUUUCAGAUGCCUUUAGUAAAGAUCACCAGCUAAUUCGGGCUGACCCCAAACAUAGUCUCUACCUCGCCUGUGCCCUUAUGGUUAGAGGAAAUGUACAGGUUUCAGAUCUUCGCAGAAAUAUUGAAAGAUUAAAACCUUCUCUACAGUUUGUCUCCUGGAAUCAAGAAGGCUGGAAAACCAGCCUGUGUUCAGUACCUCCUGUGGGCCAUUCCCAUUCAUUAUUAGCUCUAGCAAAUAACACAUGCGUGAAGCCUACCUUCAUGGAACUGAAAGAGAGAUUCAUGAGGCUCUACAAGAAAAAGGCUCAUCUUCAUCACUAUCUACAAAUUGAAGGGAUGGAAGAAAGCAGUUUCAUGGAAGCUGUGUCAUCUUUAUCAGGGCUCAUAGAGGAAUACAACCAACUGGAUGCCACGAAAAGCAUGCCUGUGGAAGAUUUUCCUAGACUAAGCAUAGCUGUGUAAAAAAGAAACCCCAAGAUACAACUUUUACUUUUCUUAAUUUUACACUGGAUUUUGUCACCUU